CAAGAGGAAGUAUGCUUCUAGACAAAGCUGUCAGCGUGCAUUUGCCUUUUCGCAAAGGCAGCAUAAAAAUAACCCCUUUCGGUCACAUGAUGGGACGCCUGAGCGGCGGAAAGCAGAUGCAAGGUGCCGCCUGCGUUUAAGAAGGCAUUUCUUUCUUUUUUUUUCCUGCGGGAGGAUCCGAUUCUGCACAGAAAGCAACCAAAACCAAAGGGGACAAUGUUAAAGCUGAGGCAAGAGUUUGACCUGCAGAGAGAUGUUGUGGUUGAUAUCCUCAGAAAGGAGGCGUCCGUCUGCAGGGUGAAAGAAUACUCUGAAGAUGUGGACACUCGUAUCCUGAACGUUGAAAGAGAUGGGAGCGUGCUUUACUGUUGGAAGGGAGGAACAGGCACCACCAGGAUCGGGAGAUAUGAUCCCAGCACCAAACAGAACAAGCUCCUCUACACGUUCGACAAACAGGUGUGUGUCAGCAGCUGCUCCCUGAACAAGGAGGAGACGUUAUUAGCUGUCAGCUUGGCACAGAACACCAGUGGACAGGAGCGCCUCAGACCAAUCUCAAAGUGCCUGACUCUGUUGAUCGAGAUCCACCCCAUAAACAACACUAAAGUCCUCAAGGCAGUGGACUGCAGAGUCAAAGUGCAGUUCCUCCAUCAAGAAACUGACUUGAAAUCUGCGCUGGAGAGCCACCUGCUGCUGUUGACUGAGGACGGAUACGUGGAUCUGUAUCAUGUACUUCUGGGAAAACAGGAAGGCUACAGAGUGGUGAUCUCAAAUCCCGAGCGUUUGUCCCGAACGGCGGAGAGGCUCGCCGAGGAUUUGUGCUGGGUCCAGUGGGACGGACACACGCAAAGGCUCUACUGUCUCACACGCAAGGACAAGUUCCUGCUGAGGGGCAUCCAGUUCUACCCAAACCAUAGCUGCGAUACUGUGCUGGAGCUCGUUUUAGAGUUGCCUGCUAAUGCAUUCCGCACGGUCAGAUUUGUAAGUCUGGGUUUUGACCACUAUCAUGUUGAAAAACCUGAGCAGGAGCUCAUUAGGAUGCAGGUGUUCACAAACCAAAUCGAAAGAAGCAUGUGCGUUUGCUACAGCCAGCCGCUAAAAGACAAAGAAGAACUGAGCUACACCGUGGUUUUAGUGCACAAAGAUUGCAGCAAGAGGUUCAGAGUGUCUCCUGGAAACGACGCGCCGUCUCAGAGUUCACCCCAGCUUCAUCCGCUCUUCAUCCCCAUAGGUUACUACAUCCUGGUGUAUCUGCAGGGUUAUUUCCUCCACUGCAUCAACACCAGGCAGCACGAGAUGCUCUGUCACUCUCUUUUCCUAACCGGUCAGGAUGUCAACUUAGGCCUGCUGCCUCGGUCGGAUGCCCUCACGGUGAUGCACAAGGAAGACGAAAGCAGCGUCCGAAUUUUGGAGCUGGCAAGAGGGUGGAUUCACCACGCUGAGCUCAGCCCCGCUUACCUGCUGCAGAUACUGAGAUCAGACGCACCUCCUGGGUGUCCCGGCAUCGGGAGCGACCCUCGCCGCCUGGCUGCCCUCCAUUGCCUGCUGAUUUUCCUGGGAAAUGACCCGAAGCUGGAGCUGAAGAUCAUCGAGUGGCUGUGUGACAACACCAACACCUUUGAAUCUUUCAAUCAGAUCCAAGAGUUCAUUUUAGCGUCUUUGUUCAGAAUGGGCUAUGAGAAGUCCCUUGGCCUGGAUAAAGUCCUGCCUUAUUCCUCUGUAUUUGAAAAAAAGGAAGUGCCAGCCUGCUUGUUGGAGCUCCCCGGUGUGUUUUGUACCACAGAGCUGCAUGUUGAGCCGGAUUUCAAAGGAAAGGCCAAGCGGCUCCAGGGUUUCUGGUCAGAGCUGCAGGGGAACACGGAGAAGACAAAAUAUCUGAAUGCUGUUCCCAACGCCAGAUACAGAACCUCGCACAUUCAGGCCGACUGGGACAAACUGCGGUCCGAGAGCAGAGCCUCCCCCCAUGUGAAUCACCUGGAGGAGAACACAAAGAAGGUUCUUUCCGUGGUUGACACCUGGUGUCUUGAUAAAAAGUUGGUGCCACUUUUUCAAGAGGAAGACCAUCAACAGAGGGCAUUCAUAGGCCUGACAGUCGACAAGCUUCGAGAACAUCUCAACAGACAUGUGCCUCAACUCGGGAAGAAGAAGAUUGAUUCUCUGGUGGUCAACUACAUAGCCAAGCUGCUGGAGCUCAUCAGACACAUGCUGGAGACAGCCUGGCUGAAGAACAAACUUGGCCCUCAUGUCUUGUGCUUGACGAACAAGGGCGGCCCGGCCGAGUGGGCCGUGUUUCACUUCAUGCUUCGGAUCCUGGAGUCCACCCGGAGUCUGUGCCUGCCCCUCCCACCCGGCUAUCACACCCUGUUUGCUGUGCUUGCUGUUCGUUGCCUCCCUCAUCACACCUUUCUACAGUACAUUGACCACGGUUUCCUGCAGCUCACCGAAUCCUUCGUGUCUCGUCUCAUGACAGAUUUGGACAACAGUGAAGCCAACGAGCGACUGAAGUUCAGCAUACUUAAGAGACUCCCUGAGCCUAUGGAGCAGAGGAUCUACCAUAUGUGGGAUCAUCCUGUCAGCUCGGCCUCAAUCUCCAGAGAUUAUGUCAAGACGCUGCUGGAGAAACACGGCAAGAAUAAGGGAUUUGCAUUCACUGGGAGAGACAAACCUGGCUUCAAACCCGAGUUUCUGCCUCUUACCUAUCUGGCAAAAAUGCUCUCUGAUAUUGAGUCACAAGCCCUGAACCCUUUCGAGGAGAAGGAAAACGUGGACGCGAGGUUUGUGGAGGAUUCGGCUCUGCUGCAGACUCUGAUCCAGCUGGGCUACGAGGAAAAAUGAUGCGAGUGGAAGGGCGAUGAAGGACGAGAGGCGGAUGGAGAGAGAGAGAGAGAGAAACAGAUGAUGAAAAUCAGUUUGGGGAAGAGCAAAUGUCUAACUGGGCCAUGAAGGCAUGAAAUGGAUUGAGGUUGGAAAUUGAGUCGAGUGUAAAACUCAUAAACAGGUUCUCACGGUUUGAUGAAAAGUUAAUGUUGGUGCGGAGGGAAUUUAGGGAGACUCUGUGCUUUUCAGGGGGGAAAAAAUAUCAAUGAUCAAAAGCUACAUGAAAGUGCAUCUCAAUAAUGUAAAAAUAUCAUUGUAAGUUAAUUUAUUUCAGUCGUUCAGAUUAAAAGGUGAAAAUCAUAGAUUCAUAACAAAUACAGACUGAUAUACUUAAACGAUUUAUUCAUAUUGAUUUUACAAAAAUGAGUUAAAUCCCAAGAAGUUGUAAUUCCUGACAAAUUUUUUAGUUUUUCACAAACUGGGCACACAUAUUUAACUCAAAUCUUACAAAAAAAAAA